UGGAUGAGUUUCGAAAUUAGUGGUGUUAAUAGACAGACAAGAUGUGUACAGGCAGAGUUAUUGGGCAGAAAACAAUAAGCACGUACUUUUCUCCAGUCGCUCGAAAGAAGUUCCAAGAAAAUAAUGAAACAGGGGAAGGUGCUAACCUUGAUGAUGGCGCUAUAUCUACGAUGAAGAGGAGAAAACCAGGGAGUGGACAGCCACCCGCGUCCCCGCCGCUGAGCCCGGAGCAGUUGGACCGGAUCGAGAGGAACAGGAAAGUCGCUCUCCAGCGGCUGGCUGCCCGCAACGUACCGCCCGGAUUCGGGGAGAGCUGGCGGACGGCGCUGGAUGAAGAGUUUGGAAAGCCUUAUUUUACAAAGCUAAUGAGUUUUGUUACGGAGGAAAGGAAGCGACACACUGUCUACCCUCCUGUUCAUCAGGUGUUCUCCUGGACUCAGAUGUGCCCUAUCCACGACGUGAAGGUGGUGAUAUUUGGGCAGGACCCAUACCAUGGCCCAGGUCAAGCUCAUGGCCUGUCCUUCAGCGUACAGAGACCCACCCUACCCCCACCCAGGUCGGGCUGUGACUCUUUGUGUGGCUGUGUGUGUUGCAGUUUGGAGAAUGUGUUCAGAGAGCUGAUGGAGGAUGUGGAAGGUUUCCAGCACCCCGGACACGGAGACCUGACUGGCUGGGCACAGCAAGGGGUCCUGUUGCUGAACGCGGUCCUCACAGUCCGAGCGCACCAGCCGAACUCCCACCUGGACCGCGGCUGGGAGACCUUCACCGACGCCGUGGUCACCUGGCUCAGUGCCAACUUAGACGGCCUUGUCUUCCUCCUCUGGGGAGGCCACGCCCAAAGGAAGGGCGUGGUCAUUGACCGGAAGCGGCAUCAUGUCCUGCAGACAGCGCACCCCUCCCCUCUGUCUGUGCACCGCGGUUUCUUCGGCUGCAGGCACUUCUCUAAAACCAACGGCCUGCUGGGAAAAUCGGGGAAGACCCCAAUCGACUGGACCGCACUCGGACCACAGGAUAGCCCCGCUGUGUCCCCCUCGUCCUGACCCCAGUCUGACCACAUUGACCUUGGCUUGACCACACCAUGACAAAGCUUCAUUAACCCCGUAAUGGGCAGAGCUAGGCAUUACUGUCUCUCACUUACUCAUAUGAACCGUCAAAGUGCCAUUUCACUUUAUAGCAAAGCUAUGACUGGCUGAAAUUAAUGACAGAUGGCAGCUCCUGUCUCUCGCGCAGAACAUCUGUGAAGCUGCAUCUCGCAGUCCAGUCACACAACACUUCUGUCAGACCAAGGGCUCUUUCCAUUCGCUUAUUGUACCUCCUUGCGUCCUUUCCUUGCAUCCUUUCCUCGCUUCCUUAGCUCCAACAAACGGAGGAUGCAAGGAAAGGACCUGAGGAAAGGGCGAGAGGACAGAGAAAUCGUGGAAAAGUGUAUGAGGUAAAUGGAUCGUCCUUUUUCAGUGAAGCUUCAGGUUGAAGCCACAUCAGUUAAAGAUGUUGGAGGGGGAAGGGGUGAGGUGGAUCCACAGGUCCAUCAUUUAUACAUUGCGCGUUCUGCAAGAAAUACUUCCGCAAAGGAUGUGCUCAUGUUUCCUUACUCAAACAUCCUUUGUGAGCCUCCCAGCUCCUCACUCCUAGCUCCUUCAAGGAGCAUUAACUGGCUGGAAUGUCUUUAAUGAUGGCGGACCUCGAUCUAUUUCCUGGGUCAGUCUGAGCAGACGAGGACGGAUACAAUAAGCAAUUGGAAUGAGCCCUCAGACUUUCAGCCCAGACGUUUCAGCCCAGAAGAAGUGGAGCUUCUUCUCCAUUUUUAUUUUUUCAGUUUUGUGCUAACGGAAGGAAAUGCGCAGGCACCGUCACUAUUCACAACUGAGUCUAAACAGAAAUAGCCAUAAUAAGCAUUUUGAUUUGUUUUGCAUGUUGCGAAUGGGACUUUAGCUGGGAGCCGUAGAAGGUAACGCACCAGGACUGACAUUGCCAUGUUAACAGCAUCAUACAUUUGUACAAUCCUUUAUUGCAGUGAAAUCUGAUCAUUUUGUUUGUUUAACUGGCAAGAAUGGUUUGAUUAUUUUUUCCGUAUUCGGUGUAUAUAUGUCUUAUAAAGUUUGGAUAUUGUUGAAAAUAAAUAUUCUUUUCUUA